AUGGAUAAAGGAAUGGCAAAUGGAGUGCUAUUUUUGGAUCUUAAAAAAGCGUUUGACACGGUUGAUCAUUCUAUUCUCCUACAAAAGCUAUACCAAUACGGUAUAAAGGGUACUCCUCUAAAAUUACUAGCAUCUUACUUAAACAACAGAAAACAAGUUUGUGUCAUUAAUAAUAACAAGUCAGGCCAAGAAACAGUUCAAUGUGGAGUACCACAGGGUUCCAAUCUGGGACCAUUGCUAUUCUCAUUGUACAUAAAUGAUUUACCAAUGUGCCUUGAGUACACACAAGCAUCCAUGUUUGCUGAUGACACCAAUCUAUCAUGCACAGGAAGGACCCCAGCCGAAAUCGAGCACAAACUAAACGCUGACUUAUCCAAUGUUAACGACUGGUUAGAAGCAAAUAGGUUGACAUUGAAUGCAGACAAAACAGAAUUUAUGAUAAUAGCCUCAAAAAGAAAACUUAAUCAAUUUUGCACUGAUAUUC